AUGACAGAAGAAGAGCAAACUGAACCACCUGCUAAGAAAAUAAAAACGGAGAUACAGUUGGAGCAAGUCCCUACUACACCUUCGCCUUCAUUGGACAUCAAUAAAGAGUCUAGCAGCCCCAACCCGCUACUUCCCAGUACCAAAAAUGAUUCAAGGGAGAGAAAUCUUAAGAGGAAGGCCGAGGACUUGAUUGAACAACCUAGCAAGAAGGUGAAGUUUACUGAGACAGAUAAUGGGGCAAUUUCCCAAGAAUCCAAGUUUCUGGAAAAAUAUGCUGAGCUUCAUAAACUGGGAGAAGGAGCCUUUGGGUCUGUGUUUGCAGGCUAUCGCCGGGAGGAUGAAUUACCUGUGGCAAUCAAACGCAUCCUAAAAAACUAUGUGAACUACAACCAUAAGGAUGAGAAUAGCAGAAAUAUUCCUCUGGAAGUAGCUGUCAUGCUCAAACUAAGAGAUACAACUGUGCAACAAUCCACCAUGGUGUUCCUUCUAGACUGGUACGAUCUAGACGAGGAGGUAAUUCUAGUAAUGGAGAGACCCAUGCCUUGUGAUAACCUUUCAAACUACCUCACAAAGCAAAAAGCUCCCCUUGAAGAGAAGGAUGCCAAGAUCAUUAUAAAACAGCUGGUACAAGCAGCAAUUUACCUCCACAACACAAACAUCUUCCAUGGAGACAUUAAAUUGGAUAAUAUCCUGAUAAGGACAGGCUCAGAGGAGCCACAAGUCUACCUCAUAGACUUUGGGUUAAGCUGCUUUGUUGAAAGAAAACCUAAUCAAGCUUUAGGCAGUUUUUCUGAUGACCUCCCAAUGGACUGGUUUAGUCAAGUCAACCACAAUGCUGAACCCACAACAGUAUGGCAGCUGGGAGAAGUCCUGUUCCAAUUAGUCCACAACAAGGUCCUGGACACAAACGAAUUUGAGAUUAGCGAAACGCUUUCAGAGAAUUGCCAAGAUUUUCUGACAAAGGCUCUGAUGAUUGACGCCGAGGAUUGGCCCCCAUUGGAAGAUCUGCUGGGUCACCCAUGGCUUUUGUAA